CCCUCUUCUUCUCUCUCAUUCAUCGUCUUCCUCUACAAGUCCCGAUAAAGAAAAAACACCAAAACAGUUUAAGACAUCUAAUCUCUUUCUUCUUUUGUCUCUUCCUCUUCUUCAAAAAUUCCCCCUUUUUUGUCGAGUUUUUCAGAACAAAUCAUGCAUAGAUCCAGAAACCCGUCAUUCUCCUCCACUCUCCUCGACGAAAUCUACAAUUCCAUCGAUCCCAAAACCCACAAAACCCAAUCUUUUACCGGGUCUGUCAACACUACCAAGAAACAGAGCAUCAGCGUAACCAGACCGGUUCCUGACCGGAAAAUACACAAAGAUCGGUUCUUUAGCUCCGUGUCGUCUUCCUCUGAUUCCAACUCCAGUUUCUUCUCAUCUUCCGACACAGAACCAUCUCACCCUAAGAAGAAAUCUUCUUCAAGACCGUUAUGUUUCGGCCCAUCUAAAACAACAAAACCAAGAAAAACAGAGGAUAAAACUCUGUUUCACCAAAACAGAGCAUUUCGAGUCUCAGAAGACAACGAUUACGAUAAGAGUGAACACACUAGAACCAGAAGAUCUAGUAGUAAUCAGAAGAAGCCCAAAACUCCAGCUUCACCUGGUGUACGGGUCGUUAACUUCAUCAACUCGUUAUUCAGCAGCAACAACGGUUCCAAAGGUCAUCCGAAGAAGGCGAGCUGCGACGACUCAGCAUUCGUUAGGAAACCAGCUGAUUAUUACUAUCCAUCGACGACGUGUUCUUCGGCUUCUUCCUUCUCGAGGUCGUGUCUGAACAGAAGCUCCGAGAAAUCAUCUGACCGUGUCAAAAGAAGCGUCAGGUUUUCUCCGGUUAACGUGAUCGUCCCCGAGAGCAGAUCCUGCGUCGAAGAAGAAGAUUACCUCAGCAACGGUUAUGUCAGAAAGUCAGUGAAGAAGAAUGUGGAAGGGAGGAGGUCAGUGGAGGAGAUUGCGAGAGAGUUUUUGAGAGAUUAUCACAAGAAUCAUGAUAACGGUUUGGUCAAGAUUAAUGAUUUCGAGGAUUACGAAGAUGAUGACGAUGUAGCGAGUGAUUCGAGUUCGGAUUUGUUUGAGCUGGACUUAGUUGGAACUCAUCAUCACAAUCUGUACGGACAUGAACUUCCCGUGUAUGAAACCACUUUUGCUGGUUUGAUCUUGUGAAGCUGUUUUUUAAAAUUUAGUUUUUCGUUUUUAUGUUUUAAUUCCAUGUGAUCUCCACAUCUGUGUUUGAUUUUGUAAUUAUAGUGCCGUCUUAUAAAUUUUGUGUUUGUGAAAAUUUGAUCCA